AAUCUCUUAAUACUGUAUAAUUUAGCUAGUUGAUAUCUUAAAAAGUAAAGAAGAAAUUUGUUGUUUAGAUAGUUAAUGAGACCCCGUGGUAAGAUGAUUCUGACUGUCAUACCAAUUACCAAGUAACAAAAAAACUUACCAAAAUGUUAAAUUCUAAAUUACAAAAAGAAACGAAGAGGACCCACAUCAUUCUAUAAAUGUACAUGAUAUAUAUCACAUCCCCAAAGUAGCUAAACAACACACACACAAAUGGCUCCUCGUGUGAUCUUCUUACUUCUCUCGCUUGUUUUUCUCUACCUCGCAAACACAUCACACUCUUUGAGAAAGUUUCAAUCAUUUCUACACCCUAUUUAUAAAGACACGGCCAAAAAUAUAUACACCAUCCCUUUGUCCAUCGGCUCAACUUCCAGCGAAAAAUUCGUCCUUGACCUCAACGGAGCCGCACCGUUAUUGCAAAACUGUCCAACCGCCGCCAAAUCCACCACCUACCACCCAAUCAGAUGUGGCUCCACAAGAUGCAAAUACGCAAACCCCAACUUCCCCUGUCCCAACAAUGUCAUUGCCAAGAAGAGGACCGUGUGUCUCUCCUCCGACAAUUCCCGCCUAUUCCGAGACACCGUCCCCUUGUUAUACACAUUUAAUGGAGUUUACACUAGGGACAGUGAAAUGAGUUCUUCAUUGACUUUGACUUGCACUGACGGUGCUCCUGCCUUAAAACAAAGAACCAUCGGUCUCGCUAACACCCACUUGUCGAUUCCCUCGCAGCUCAUCUCCAUGUACCAGCUUCCUCAUAAGAUAGCUCUUUGUUUGCCUUCCACCGAACGAAGUCAGUCUCAUAAUGGUGACCUUUGGAUCGGUAAAGGGGAAUAUUAUUAUCUGCCUUACGAUAAAGAUGUCUCUAAGAUCUUUGCCUCCACGCCUCUGAUCGGUAAUGGCAAGUCCGGCGAGUACUUAAUCGAUGUGAAGUCCAUCCAAAUCGGUGCAAAGACCGUUCCUAUACCCUAUGGAGCCACAAAGAUCAGCACUUUGGCUCCUUACACCGUAUUCCAAACUUCCCUUUACAAGGCUCUGCUCACAGCUUUCACCGAAAACAUCAAGAUAGCUAAAGCUCCCGCGGUGAAGCCUUUCGGUGCGUGCUUCUACUCCAAUGGAGGACGUGGAGUUCCCGUGAUCGACCUGGUGCUGAGCGGAGGGGCUAAGUGGAGGAUCUACGGGUCUAAUUCCUUGGUGAAGGUGAAUAAAAAUGUGGUUUGUUUAGGGUUUGUGGACGGAGGUGUGAAGCCGAAGUACCCUAUAGUGAUCGGAGGAUUUCAGAUGGAGGAUAAUUUGGUGGAGUUCGAUCUUGAAGCUUCCAAAUUUUCUUUCUCCUCUUCUCUUUUGCUUCACAACACUUCUUGCUCAGUGCAAAGGUUGUCUCCUUUCUAAUGCAUGUGAUCGAUUAUUCAUGUUAUCAAGACAUAUCAUCAAUUUCUAUUAGUGAAACACGAACAGAAACGAUGAAGGAAAAAGGAUGGAUGAAGAAGAUGAUGUUGAGAGGAAGAAGAUGAGAGGCGAUGAAAAUAGAUUCUAUUCUUUACAUUUAAUGAAUGAUACAUGAGUUAUAUACAAAAUAUUAGAUGUAUAGAGUUUGGUUAGUGUAAAUAGAGUUUGGUUAUGUACA